AUGGCAUCACUGAUCAUGGUCUUGUUCACGGUUUUGACCAUGCUUUUCACGAGUUUCAUAAUCUCUCAAGCUACGUCUCGUACUGUCACCUUUCAAGCUAUGUCGUUGGUUGAUAAACAUGAGCAAUGGAUGGCUCGGUUUGCUCGUGUAUACCGUGAUGAGCUCGAGAAACAGAUGAGACGCGAUGUGUUUAAGAAGAACGUGAAGUUCAUUGAGAACUUCAACCAAAAAGGUAACAAAAGCUACAAGCUUGGUGUCAAUGAAUUCGCGGAUUGGACCAACGAAGAGUUCCUAGCCAUGCAUACUGGACUAAAGGGACUAACUGAAGUUUCCGCAUCCAAGGUGGUCGAGAAAACGAUGUCGUCUAGGUCUUGGAACGUCAGUGACGUGGUAAGCGAGAGCAAGGACUGGAGAGCUGAUGGAGCUGUCACUCCUGUCAAAUACCAAGGCCAAUGCGGAUGUUGUUGGGCGUUUUCGGCUGUAGCAGCAGUGGAAGGAGUGACUAAAAUCGCCGGCGGGAACCUUGUAUCUUUGUCCGAACAACAGCUUCUAGAUUGCGACAGAGAGUACGACCGAGGCUGCGACGGUGGGAUAAUGUCGGACGCUUUCAACUAUAUAAUCCAAAACCAAGGCAUAUCUUCCGAGAACGACUACUCUUAUCAAGGAUCAGAUGGGAGUUGCCGGUCCAACGCAAGACCCGCAGCACGUAUCAGCGGAUUCCAGUCUGUUCCGAUCGAGAACAACGAGCAGGCCUUGCUCGAGGCCGUAUCGAGGCAACCAGUCUCUGUGUCGAUGGACGCGGAUGGUGAUGGGUUCAUGCAUUACUCAGGAGGAGUAUACGACGGGCCUUGUGGUACAAGCUCGAAUCACGCUGUUACGUUUGUUGGCUAUGGAACAAGCGAUGACGGAACCAAGUACUGGCUGGCUAAGAACUCUUGGGGUGAAACUUGGGGAGAAAAAGGUUACAUUAGGAUCCGAAGAGACGUGGCUUGGCCUCAAGGCAUGUGUGGUGUAGCACAGUAUGCUUUCUAUCCGGUUGCGUAACUAAAUUUUGUUUUAUAUAAUUCUAUACGUAUUGGCUACGAUUCAAACGAAAAGUAUAACAAAGAGGUAUAUUUAUAAUAUAGUUCCAUGAUUAUUAAAUUUUGGCUGAGGUGCCGUUUUAGUC